UUACAUGAUAAUUUAUUAGUUUCAGCAGUUAUUCUAAAAAACAAUGAAGAUACCAAAGAGAUUUUUCAAGAUAAAGAAGAUCAAGGUACAUCUAUUACCACAACAUCAGAAAAUGUAUCUACUGAUAAUCAAGCAGCUAUUGUGAUAAUUCAAGAAGAUCAGUUAGCUGGAUCAUCUGGUUCAAAUACAUCCAUUAGUCAACCUAUAAAUACCAUUGAAGAUCAAGAAAUGGAAAGUAAGUGGCAACUUGGAAAAUUAGUUACUCAUUUACAAGAUCAACUAGAUCAGUUAAGAGCUGACAAAGACAAGAUGGAAAAAUCUUUAAAAUCUGAAGUUGAACAGUUGAAAGCUCAAGUACAAAAACAAACAACUGAACUUGAUUUUCUCAGAAAGAAAAAAGAAGAAAUACAAGUUAAUAUUCUAUCAAAUUCAAGAUUACAACAGAUGGUAUCUAACUUACAGAAGCAACAUACUGAAAUGUUACAUCAGCAUAUACAGCAAGUGAAACAAGAAAUUUAUCAGUCUGCUUUAAAAGAAUUUCAGGGCAUUUCAUCUUCAAGCAGUACUCGAAAUAUUUCCAACUCUACCUUAUCAUCUAAUGAUCAAACAGUUCUUGCAUUGUUUCUAGAUAAUACAACAGGAAUUGUAUCACAAACACUUCCUGUUUCACUAUCAUCAACUUCACAGACUCCAACAUUAUCUCAGUCUCCUGUUACAGAUAAUCAAGUUAUGCCUAUUUCUAUUCCAUUAUCUUUGCAGUCAACAUAUUUAUCAGAUAACUUAACUAUGUCAAGUUUAACUACAACACAGUCUAAUUCCAGUAGUCAGCCAUGUCUCACUUCAACAAAUUCUUCAAUUUUAGAUAAUAAUGACUGUCCAGUUGUGGUUAAUAGUUCAGCUAAUGUUCGAUCAUCAAAACAGAAUAAUAACUCACCAUUAUAUAAUCCUAGUCUUCCCACUGUUCAACAGUUAAUAUGUGGCAUUGCAAUAAAUAAUGGAAAAACUGAACAAGCUUCUAGUGAUAAGCUUUUAAUAGCUAUACCUUCUAACUUAUUAUCAACUCCAGUAUCCUCAAGUACAAGCAGACAGAAUACAAACAUUUCUGCAAAUCAGAAUACACUCACAUCUAUUGAUUCAGCAAUGAUACCAACAGAAACAAAUGGUUCAACUCCAAAUUCAUUUGUCACAUGCAACAGUUCAUUUACAACUUGUCCAAUGACAUUUUGUUCAGAAGCAACCAAUUUCAAUAAUACAUCUUAUAUCAUUACUGAAGGCAAUAAAUCAUGUGCAUUACAGAUGCCAGCAAAUGGAAAUCUUUCAUACUCUGAACUUAUUUCUUCACAGAUUACUGAAAAGAGAAAAAUGAGUUCAUGUAGUGGAAUGGGAAUAGAUAAAAGAAGAAAAUAAAUAGAUGACUGGACUGCCAAGGUGAUAAAGGCACUAUUCUAUUGCUCUGGGGACCUGGGUUGAAAUUUGGGUCAGAAUCUCAGAAAUUUCAUGUUUGAACUAGAUAAGUCCAUCAGUCACUGCCUGGCAUCCGCAUUAAGGGUUUGUCCAAAUUUAUGAUGGAUAAGAAACAAGCUAUCUAAGUGCUAGCAGAUUCAAAAAGUAUAUAAAUAUUGCUAAUAACCAUAAUUUUUAGUAAGGUAUAAGUUAUUAGUUUGACUAGUAAGAAUUUAGAAGUUAUUAUUGGAAUCUCUGAUUCUUUUAUGAAAAAUAAUGCUCCUUAUGCAGAAAUAUUUUAUAUAUUGAAUAAUUGAAUUGCAUAAUUUUUAUUUAAAGUUUAACAACUCAUAUUUUUAAGUAAUUAAUAUUUUUAGAGUACAUUUAUAAAAUUAUUUUGUAAAAUUUUCUUUUAUUUAUUUAUUUGUAAUAUAACUUCAGGAUGUUAUAUUUCAAACUGUAACAGACUUGAAUUGUUAAUGCCAGUUAUUCUAAGGCAAAAUAAGAAGACAAUGAGCAUCGUUACCUGUCCUACUCAGUUUUAUUUGAAUGAUAUUAACAAUUAACAAAGGUUCAUUUGAUUGUUAACAUUUAUUGCUGCAUUUUUCAACCAGUGGUGUACAGUCCAUCAUUGUAUGGGGUUUUAGGGGUCUGUGACAUGCAAACCACUGAGUUAUUGUCAUAGUUUUGCUGUCAAAUCAUUUGAAAAUUCUCAUAAAGAUCAAUAAUCUUUUUAAUAUUAAACUUUUAAGAAGGAAAACAUUUUAAUAUUUUUAU